AUGGACCAAGAGGAGGCCCCGCCGCCUUACUCGGCGGUCGACCCAUUAUUAACACAGGCCAACAAUAAUCGUCGCAAUGCCAACUCUCCGCAAGGCCCGAUCGCCGGCAGCGUGCCUGGGACGGAGUAUGCCAGUAGCAGCUCCCGGAUUCUUGCGCAGCCCACCAACAACCUCGGUGCUUCGCCAGUCCCACCCGCACAAUUCACCUCCGCCGUCGCCUACUUCGAGGGACGACCUCCAACGGUCUUGGACGACAGCCGAGGCAUUCUCCACCACCACAUGACCAUCUAUCCACGGAGCCAAGCCAAGGAUUUUCCCAGACGGCCUCGCUGCUGGGCUGCGCGAGUGAACGAGGUCACCCAGCAGGACUGGGAUACCUUUCUCCGCCACCUGUUCCCGCCACACCUAGGACUGGCAGCUUCGUCGCAACAUCUGCCGCGCCAGUUGAGGGCCGAAAUUCAGCGAGACCGCAAGGACCGGCCGCAGGAGACCGACGAUGAACGGCGGGCUAGAAUUACGGCUGUGGUUGCGGAGUGGAACCAAUGCUUUUUUGAACCUCGCGCGACUCGCAUCUUCUUUGUGUACGUCGCCGAACCGGACGCUGCGCCUGCGUCGGCUCUUUGCCCGAAAUGCUAUCCCGCUACAACGAAGGUGAAUCAGUCGGCCCAGCCUCAAGGUGCCGCUGGAUCUCCGGUGGUUUCUUCGCCUGGACAAUCAAAUACUGUGUCGCCGGUGCCAGGGCAAUAUACGCCAUCACCGACGACAAACCCAUGGCCUGGCCAACCCGUUCCUCCUUUUGCACACCCUGGAGGUCCUGCCACCCGGAUACUUCCCGCAGCAGCCACCAUAUGGGGGGUGCCCCCGUGGGGAUGGAAUCACUGGGGCUACCAACAGCCUCAGUAUCAGAUUCCAGGAGCUUCAAAAGGUGGUGCAUUCGGAUGGAUCUCCUCACUUGCAUCGCAAGCACAAAAGUACGGUGAACGAUUCUCAGAGCAGGCGCAGCAAUAUGGCGAUCAAAUCUCCGCGCAAGCACAGCAUUAUUCACGGCAAGUUGAGGAACAAGCCUUGGCACAUGCCCGAUGGCUCGAGGAGCAGGCAAGACUUCGAGAACAAAAGCGGGCUUUCCCGUUCGGUGGCAACAGUGGAAGACCUCCGUGGGGACAGUAUCCCCUGGAAGGAUAUGGCAUUCCGAUGACGCCUAUCAGCAACCCAAGCCCCCAAAACGAAGUGAGUUCUGAAAACAGAAACUCAAACGAUCAGCCUCCAUUAGAACGCGAAGCCCCUGCAGCCGAACGCCCACGUCGAGGGUCCGUCAGCUCCACUUCGUCCGAAUCCUCUCUCAGCUCAAUCGACUCUCUCUCAACUACAUCAGACCUCAACGCCUCAGACCUUGCCACGGUCCGAGCACAACUCCAAGCACUAGACGACCGACAUGACCGCACCCUAUACGACGCAGCCGUGGACCUCCGGCGGCAGCUUUCCGUCCUCCAGGAAUCCCGCCACGAAGCCCGGGUUUCACCCCGAAGAGGCUGGCUGCAUGGACGGCGCCAUCAUCCCCACCACAAUCAUCACCACCAACAAAACCCGCACGACUGGGGACGCUGGGAAUCACCCGAGCAGCAACAGCGGAAUUCCACCGAACGCCGCGCGAUGAAAGAGGAAAUGCGCGCUACCAGGAAAGCAUUCAAAGAGGUAUUCCGUCGCGCGCGCGACGAGCAGCGCGAGCAGAAACGCGCUCGACGGAGACAGCAUGGACGACAUCGCUCUGAUAAUGGUGAUCAGCCGAAACCGGAAGAUCAGCCAUUGGACCGGCGGUUGGAGAGUCUCGCUCUGGAUGGGUCUACUGAGUCUGGCACGGUGUCGACUCCGUCGGAGUCUGCACUCCAUACUCAGAAACCGUUGCCCACUGCUCCGCCUGCGCAGUCUGUUCCUGGGAUUGAGUCAAGCGGCCCUUCUUCUCCUUCUGGUUCUCAAAUCCGUUCCCAGGAUUCUCAGUCUGACAGUGUGGCUGGUAAGAAAGGGAAGUCGAAUGAGGCACCGGCCCGGCUGAAGGAGAUACUGAAGCCGCGCAAGAAGCAGAGGCAACAACAACAAAGUACUGCGGCCCCUUCCGCUUCUUCGGAUGUCGAUGAUGCAGAUGCAAAUAAGACCGUCAAAAAGGAUCCGAGCCCUCAAUGA